AUGCACAUGACAAUCGCGGGACAACGAACCACGUUGUCCUUAAUCGCAUUCACGCUGUACCUCUUAGCCCUGAAUCCUGAAGUUCAGGAAAGACUUAGAGAAGAGGUCGACCUCUGCGUCAAAACCCACGGUGAAAGUCCUGUAUUGGGAGUUGUUGUGAAGUUGGAGUAUCUGCACGGAGUAAUAUCGGAGUCGUUGAGGAUGUUCCCGCCAGCUUCAAGACUCGAGCGGCAAACGGUCCAGGACUAUGUGCUCGGAGACACCGGUAUCCAAGUUCCAAAGGGCUGCGUCGUCGCAGUGCCUUUGUACGCCAUGCAUCACGACCCUGAAUACUUCCCUGAACCGUACACGUUUCGCCCAGAAAGGUUCAUUGGAGAAAAUGCCAGCCAGAUACAUCGUUAUGCGUACCUGCCGUUUGGAGCCGGUCCCCGAAAUUGUUCGGGCAUGAGGCUUCCUCUCCACGCAGCCAAGAUGGCGGUCAUGCAUUCUGUCCGUACCGCACAGUUUGUGCGCACAGAUAACACAAAGAUGCCUUUGCAGUUCUUCAAAGGAUUCGGUGUCGUGUCCUGCGCUGACAUAACCGUUGGUGUUAGAAAACGUUCCCCUACAAAGAUAGCAUCUGCAUAUUGACGGCUUUAUUUAGACGCGAAUGCCGCCACCUCUUUAAUUGAUAAUUUGCCUAGGUCAAUAAUCUAGAACAAAUACAUUCAAUCUUCCUAGCCAAGACAGCGUGAACAAUAUAAAGAAAAGCUGCUUGUAUACCGUCACUGCUGUGUUUCUUUGUGUGUGUGCAUGCGGCUUCCAACAACGCCACCGAGGCAUGUGUGUUGUUAGCUAGAGAUAUUUAUUAGACAUAUUGUGGGGAGAAAAAAAAUGAA